AGCUGCAAUUGUGUAUACAUUCUUUUCUACACCACUGUCGCCUCUACGCUGCGCAGACGACCUUGAUAUUGAUUCGUGCACAGUAACAAGAAAAAGAAGUAUAAGCCCCCUUUUUUCCCAUUUGCUCCCUCUUCCUUUUUUCUCUCUCCACCUACCCGCCGUCUGCUGAGACAAACGAAUUUAAAUCGAGACAUCAAUAAUAGCAACACCCACGCAGUCAUGCCCUCCACAGCAGAGCACGUGGCAGAGAUUCACGCCUUUCUUGAUGAGUGGCACAAGGCAGCAGCCAAGGGCGACUUUGACUUCUACUUUGGUAGCAUGACAGAGGACGCGCACUGGCUGGGUACCGAUGCGGCAGAAAACUGGAGCAAGUCUGAGUUUGCCGCCAUCGCCAAGCCGCGCUUUGACAGCAAGCAGGCGUGGGACUUCACGGCGGUGGAGCGCAAUGUCUACGUGCAGGCGAACGGUACGUUUGCGUGGUUUGAUGAGGUGCUGGAUACCUGGAUGAAAGCCUGCCGCGGCAGCGGUGUGUUGGAGAAGGUGGAGGGGCAGUGGAAGGUGCAUCACUACGUGCUAUCCAUGACGGUGCCGAACGGAGAAGGCAAGGAGGAGUUGAAACGGGAAAUACUGCCGUUUAAGGGCAAGUACGAAGAUAGCAUGCUUGCCGAGAUGCGUAAGAAGCCGAAGCACAACUGA